CAUGACAACAGUACACAAACACUGACCCAGCUCGAGGCAGGAAGCAGACGACUGAUGGUCUCUGGGUGCACAGAGUGUGUGCAGCAUUAUCAGACGCCAAAUUAAAUGCUGAACCCAGAGAUGUCGUCACCACAGCCUGGGAGCAAAGGAGCAGAGAUUUCUUCGGAAAGCCUCGUUGUUUCAGAGGUUGUCAGCUCUGCCAAAUCACAACACACAGGGAUGAGGAGGAGGAGGAGGAGGAGGACGAAGGGAACACAACCGAGCCCAUUCAAAGUGCCAGACAGUAACAGCAUAUUUCUUCAGAGUGUAAAUGAAAGAGCGGACCGAAAAGAGGAGAUGCGCAAAUUUCUGGCUCUGCCGAUUGAUGAGAAGACGACCCACGCUGCAAGAAUGAUGGCCAAGCUGAAGAAAGAGCUGGUGGGAGAGCAGGAGGAGGAGGAGGAGGAGGAGGCAAAUGAGAAGACAAAGAAUCUAAAACAAAUCAAGAGUAAGAGUGUUCUCUGUGAUCUAACAUCAGCCAGGCGUGAGGUGAAGAUGGCCAUGAUGAAACAAGAAAACAUGAUGAAAGACAACAAGCAUAACUUAAUCUUCAUGGAACGACAGAAGGCAGUGUUGGAGUUGUCUCUGAUGACGAAGCGGUCUGAGAUUUCGAGGAUGGACAAGGCCAUUGCAAAAGAGGAGAGGCAGCUGAAACAGCUCGAAAAGAUAAUCGAGAACGACAACUCCACCUUCGAAGAGUUCCUCAGGGAGAACGAGAAGAAGUCCGUGGAGACCAGAACGCUUUUUGAACGGGAAGCCAAGUCUAAACAGGAGAAGAACGCCGAGAUCAGGAGGCUGACUUCUGAAAUAACAACUAUAAAAAGUGAACUUGCCAGGUUUGAGGAAAUCCUGACAGACUACAAGAGAUACAAAGAGCUUCUCUUCAAGCUGUCUCCUACAGAGUGGCAGGAGGCCCAGAAGACAAAAGCAAAGAAAGCGAAAGUCUCGUCUGGCAAAGACACAAAGAAAGACCAGAACGGGGACUCUGAAGAGACGGAUUUGGAGGGAAAAAUGUCCAGUCCAGAUCCAGUCCAACUGUCCACCAGCGAGACCAGAGGCACAGAUUCUGAACUGAACCAGGAUAACUCGGAAUAUGAGGAUGAGCCAGAGCUGUUCUUCACGGAUCCCCAGCAGCUCGUGGACCUGAUGACGGAGCUGACGGAGCAGAAUCUGUCCCUCAUUCAGAGCUGCACAAGAGUGCAGGAGACCCUGGAGGAGCUCCAACAGUCCAUGGAGACGACCAGGAAGAAGAUUGAAAAGGAGGAAGAGCAGACGAAACAGGAGAUAGACGCCAUGAAGCAAAUGAUUGACAAGGAGAAGGCGAGAGGCGCCAAGCUCGAACUGAAGGUUCAACUACACGUGUCACUGAACACAGAGGAUGAAGAUGUGGUGUUUGAUGCUCUCAGUGAGAAGGUGGCGGAGGUGCAUCGUAGCUGCGUGGAUGAUCGCAUGGCCAACCUCAGCACCUUGGAGAAGCUGGCCAAUAUCGAGAACCGCCUGUCUUUAGUGCUGGAGGGUCUUGAGAGCAUGCCCGAAGAAAAACUGGAGAUGAUGAACAAGAUCAAGGACAGCGAGAAGAGGAGCAAGCAGCGUGAGGAAAAGCUGAGAGAGCAGAAAGAGAAACAGAAAGACAGGAUGACGCGGUACCUGGAGAGAUCUCUGGCUGACUCCAAGAAAAUAAGUGGGAGGAAGCUCAUGCCCAGAUGCAUGCCCAUUGUCCGGAGAGUCAAAGUCAGCAAUGUGGAUGACGUCCCUCCUGAAGACCAGAUGAACGAAUACCUCUUUGGCACCGACGACACAGAGUAAAAGGAAAAUUAAAAAAAAGAUUUUUUUGUAUUGAAAGCGAGAAUUAAAGUGCAGUCUCCUUCACAACA